UGCACGAGGAGGACGCUGCCACUAGGAUGAAUGAUGGAACAGCGCCUGAACUAGAAGCGCGAUCGAUAUCGGCUUCUAGCGGUCACCAUGAGCAUAGACAUGUGUCGGUGACACCAUCUCGCCCUGGUAGAGAUUUGGGGAUGUUUGGCGUCCUCAUCCACGUAGUCGGUGAUGCCAUCAAUAACAUUGGUGUCAUAGCAUCAGCCCUCAUCAUAUGGAAAGCCCAUGGAGAAGCGAGAUACUAUGCCGAUCCUGCAAUUGGCGUCUUCAUCUCUAUCAUGAUUUUUUUGACCGCUUGGCCAUUGACGAGGAACAGCGGUCGCAUUCUGCUGCAAGUUGCCCCCAACGAGAUAAGUCUCGACGAUGUAAAGCACGAUAUCGAAAUGAUUCCUGGUAUUGAGUCUGUCCAUGAACUUCACAUCUGGCGACUAGACCAGCGCAAGUCUAUCGCGUCUGCACACGUCGUUGUCGACGGUAGAACCGUCAAAAGUUUCACAGACAAGGCCAAGGUAAUCAUGGAAUGUCUUCACGCGUAUGGCAUCCACUCAGCAACGCUGCAGCCAGAGGUUCAGGACGCCCAUGGCGAGCCAGAGACCCUGAGCACAUCGGUAUCUGUGGGCUCAGAUGCUGGAGCGCCGACGCAGAGACGCCCAAAUAACGAUUCCAAGUGUCAGAUUCUGUGUGGAAGCCAGUGUGGCGGAAUGAGGUGCUGCACUCCGAUACACAUGUCCUAAUCUGGCGGCAUUACCGGCUUUGAGAGAAUAAUAUGCUGUGUAUGAAAAGAGCUAGGUAUUAGCCUCAUCUUGGCUUGAGAAUAGUAAAUUGAGAGAAGUUGAGAGAGA